AUGGGGCAUUUGGCCCAAUUUGCCGAUGUGUGUGCCUCUCGAUUAGAGGUUGUUUUUCCUAGGAUGAUCGAGAGAGCCGUUGAUGCUGUAUUGACACCUCUCAAGGCUUUGAUUGAUGCCCUUACAAUGAGAGUAGAGGUAUUUGAGAGAGGACAUGGUGCUUCUGAGGAGGUGACGACCUUGAAGGCCGAUGUAUCUGAGUUGAGGAAGGAUGUGGACCAUCUAAAGUCCAUAGAUUUUACUUCAUUAUUUGGGACGAUGAAGAUUCCAGAUGACCCGAGCAUAGUUAUUCCAGCUUAUUCUGAGGUGCCUACGGCUACCACAAGAGAUGAGGUUAGAGUUGAUGUUGUUGCUGCUGAGUCCGAGGCUGAGACUGAUGAGGAGCAGUUUGGUGUUCAUGAGGAUGUUGUCUUUGAUGAUUUGGCAGACCUUGAGAGUGCCAUGGUAGAUUCAGCUGUUCAGGCCUCUUUGAGGGAUGUUUCCAUUGUUGGCUCCAGUGGAGCUAAGAUUGCUGAGACCCCGAGCACUGAUGCCCAUAUAGACGGAGCGACGGAUAUGCAAAUUUCACCCAGGCUUAGCCUAUUAGGAUGA